AUGAAAUGUUGCGGGAAGACAUUACAACAGAUCAGUUUGUAUGUGUUGUGUGCCUGCAGGUCUGUGGCACGAGACAAAGCCACACUCUCAUCUCUGGGUGUAACUCACAUACUGAACGCUGCGGCAGGUCGACAUCGGAUCAACACAGGUCAGCAGUUCUACAGUGAUCUUGAAGUGGAAUAUCAUGGGGUUGAAGCUGCAGAUCAUCCAGAGUUUGACCUCCAACCUUUCUUCAGCUCUGCUGCACAGUUCAUAGACGGAGCUCUGAGGAAAAAUGGGAAGGUGUUUGUUCACUGUGCCAUGGGUGUCAGCCGCUCUGGAGCUCUGGUUUUGGCGUAUCUGAUGAUCUACCACAGCCUGUCGUUAGUGGAGGCCAUCAUAGCCAUGCGUCUAAACCGAGACAUCGGACCAAACUCUGGAUUUCUGGAGCAGCUCCGACAGCUGGAUCUGAGUCUCAGUUCACAGAGCAGACAGAUCACAGAGCAAGACGGCUCUGAAACAUCCUGA